CAGUCGCGUUUUGAAUAUCAACAGAAAGUGGUCGGCAACUGGGGAUCGCACUGUCUCUCUUUCAAUCGGUUAAUGUGAUCACGACUUGAAAUCUUAAUUGACGAGAGGCGUUCGAAACAAAAUGUAUACAAAGUCGCGGUCAAAUGUGAUAAAAUAUCGAUAUAUGACCAUAAGACCAUAUAAUUAAGUAUAUUAAUAAGCAUUAUUGAAUGCAAACUUGGAGCUGCGAACACAUCAGUGAAAGCCUAUGCAAACCAGUUUUCCAAGAAAAUAAGUCGUGCAAUUAGAAAAUUACAAUCACCAGAUUUUACAGUAGUGCAUAUUGACUGACUGCUGGAAAAGCAAAAGUUCCGGGCAAACUGAAAUCAUUAAUAGGCACCAGCUGUGCGAAGUCAAAAAUUAACAAAGGCAAUUAUAGAGCCUAACUUCUAUUAUAAUACGCAGAUUGGGCUCCACAAGUGCAGUCAUGUAAAUGGGUGUGUAUUACCAGCGGUCAUUGUUUCGCGUUGAAUACUGUGUAUCAAUUACCCAGUGGCGUAGGCCAAUCGUUAAUUUCACUCUCUAAAGAAGGUCAUUUGGUUUCUAUAGAAUCGGUGCUCACUUUCAGGCGGAAAAUUGAAAAAAGUAGGUUUCAUGUAAUGCAAAAGUAGUCCCAUGGCCCACUAGUUAUCUACUCGCCUGACCUCGGACAAGAUCCCAUCGAUACGGAGUGGGUGGAACUGCAGUGGAUUGGAGAGCCAACUCAUCGGUCGAGCUCAUGCACGUUGUUGUUCAACAAGUUUGUUUGAGGGUUAGACGACCUUGAUUCGAUCCAUCCAACUUUGGGCGAUAAGAUUAUCCGCGAUCCUCCUUAUAAAAGUUAGGCGAAAGCUUCGAAAUGUAUCAGUCAUUAGGAACAAAUAUGUUCUGCAUUUAUUAAGAACUCAGCAGUUCACCGGUUUAUUGACCAGCUUAACGAUCAGUCCCGCGCAUAAACCAAAGGCAAAAAUCGAAUAAAAAACAACUCGCCACUCGGGUAUCUGGUUCGUUCAUAAACAACAAUCUGCUGCCGUCUAAUGGCCGAUAACGCGGUGCAAGCUCAGCCAAAUGGUCUGGGCCCGCAAAAGCAAAAGGCGCUGGAGCUGCACUUUAGCCAAGUUAGCUACAGCUUAAAGGGGGCCACCAAAGGAUCCACUCCCAUUAUCAACGAGGCAUGCGGGGUCUUCAAAUCGGGACGACUUACGGCCAUUUUGGGACCCUCAGGAGCUGGAAAGUCCACCUUGCUUAAUGCUUUGGCGGGUUUUAAACUCCAGGGAGUUACGGGCCAGUUUCUGUUGAAUGGACGCCCCAGGGAUAUAAUGAGCUUUCGGAAAAUGUCCGCCUAUAUUGCUCAGAACUUUGUGAUGCUAAAUCUGCUCACGGUUGAGGAAACUCUGCGAGUUUCUACAGACCUGAAGAUGCCCAGUUCCACAGCUGCUCAAGAGAAACAGAAAAUUAUAGACGAUAUUAUCGACAUACUGCAGCUACAAUCCUGCCGCAGGACCCUGGUGAAGAAUUUAUCCGGAGGCGAGCACAAGCGCUUGUCCAUUGGCAUUGAGUUGGUAACGAAUCCGCCCAUUAUGUUCUUCGAUGAGCCCACCAGCGGAUUGGAUUGUGUGGGCAGCUACCAGGUGAUUUGCCAUCUGCAGCGACUGGCGCACGAUGGCAGGAUAGUUGUUUGUGUGGUUCAUCAGCCGGGAUCGCGACUCUUCCAACUCUUCGAUGAUGUCCUGGUUUUGGCUCACGGAGAGGUCCUUUACGCUGGGGAACAGCGGGAAAUGCUGCCCACUUUCGCACAAUCCGGCCACAUCUGUCCACAGUACUACAAUCCCGCGGAUUUCGCCCUGGAAGUGUGCAGUCAGUCCUCCACCACAGAACGCUGUGAAUCGCUCAUCACUCAGAACAAGAUGAUGCACAGCACCGCCAGUAAUGUUGUGAAGCUUCAAGUGGAUGAGGAGACAGCCUUGAUAGAUGUCCACAAGGAUGCCUUGGACUUGUCUCACCUGCGUGGUAAGGAGCAGGUGGGUUUCUGGACCCAGCUAAGUGUCCUGCUUCGUCGUCAUCUGCGCUCCAUGUCCAGAGAUAUGUUUGCUGUCCAAAUGCGUCUGGUGAUGCACGUGGUGGUGGCCCUGCUCUUGGGCGUUGUCUACUGGCAGAUAGGUGGCGAUGCACAGAAAAUCGUGUCCAAUGUAUCCUGCCUGUUUUUUGUGAUACUCUUCGUGUUCGCCGGCAAUGCCAUGCCCUCGAUCCUGCUGUGCAUGCAGGACUCGGCGGUGUUCAUCAGGGAGUACUACAACGGAUGGUACUCCCUGGGAGCCUACUAUCUGUCCAAGGUCCUGGCCGAUCUGCCCCUGCAGCUGACUUGUCCCACAAUGUUCAUCAGCAUCGGCUACUUCAUGACGGGUCAGCCACCGGAAUUCCAACGAUUUGCCAUGUGCUGGGCCCUGUGCGUGAUGACCGCCUUCAUUGGCCACUUCAUCGGGGUGAUCGCAGGCUCCCUGUUCACCAUGCAGUUGGCCAUAUUCCUGGUGCCCAGUGCCACCAUUCCGUUCCUCCUGUUCUCCGGCUUCUUUAUUCGGCUGAACGAGCUCUCCUGGUUUCUGCGCCCCAUCUGCGACGUGUCCUUCUUCAGGUACAUCUUCGAGGGUCUGAUGCGAGCCAUCUAUGGAUACGAUCGCGGGGAACUGGAGUGCUAUGCCACAAGCAACUUCUGCUAUUACAGAACGGCGGAGCAGUUCCUCAAGGACUUCCAGAUGGAGGGCAAUGAGUUCGAUUGGGAUAUGGCUGUCCUGGGAAUAUUUCUCAUCCUCCUGCUGCUAGCCUUCUUUGUAACCCUGAACGCAGUCAUCCGGCGAGCUCUUCGGUGAUAUGGUUAGUUAGGAAUCUGGCCCUUAACAAAUGUAAGGGAGAUUGUUAGUGAAUGGCUAAUAAAGUGUUACGAUUGUUAAACUUUUU